AUGCUUGGAACGGAUAUAUCUUUCCUGCGUGAUCAACAAUCGCUUCCUACUACUACCUCCAACGUCCUCCCCACCUCUACUACCACUACAAUCACUGCAACACCCGAUUUUCAAGGGAUUCAAAUAAACUUACCCACCACAAGAGUGAUUGAACAUGCAAUGAAGAUCAUCGAUAUUAUGUUAGACAAUACCGAAAUGGAAGUUAUCGCACAUCCAUAUCAUAUAGAGGAUACUACACCAUUAACACCUGCUGACUUGGAGCAGAUAGCCCAGUUAGUGGAAGAUGAAUCAAAAGGCCAUAUUGAAUUCAUUGACCUUUUUGGCAACACAACUCAAGCUUUCCAUCCAACCUUUGUUGUAGAGGUCGAGUAUGUUUCCACUGCCCUGAAGUUUGAAGUGCAGUAUUCACUGUGUUUGGAUUGA